UUUGAAAACCAGAAGCAGAAUAAGAAACUUGACAAAGGACUAGAAUCCAUUAAAAAUCAAUUAGAAAUUCUAGAAAUAAAGAACAUGUCUGAACUGAAAACGAUACAAGAUCUAAUAGCAGACUUGAUUAAAUAGAGGAAAGAAUCAGUGAGCUCAGAGAGAGAAUAUAUGAAAUUACCCAAUCAGGGGAGCAAAAAGAAAAAAACAAUAAGAAAAAUGAAAUAGAAAUUACAGCGAUUAUGGGCUCCUUCAAAUAAGUUCCACAUAAUUGGUGUACCUGAAGGAGAUGAAAAAGGAAGAGACCUAGAAAACAUAUUUAAGGAAAUAAUGGCUGAAAAUUUCCAAAGUAUGGAGAAAGAUGACAACAUCCAAGUACAGGAAGCUCAGAGGUCGCCAAAUAAAUUCAGUCCAAAGAGGAAUGUCCCAAGGUACAUCACAAUCAAAUUAUCAAAGACCAAAGACAAAAAAUACCAAAAGCAGCAAGAGAAAAGAAACACAUAAUAUUCAGUGGAGCCCCAAUAUGGGUCUUAGCAGGUUUAUCAGAAGAAACGCCACAGGCCACAAGAGAGUGGGAUGGUAUAUUCAAAGUGCUGAAGGAAAACAGCUGUCACCCAAGAAUUCUAUAUCCAGCAAAACCUUCAAAUAUGAAGGAAACAAAAGCUAAGGAAAUUCACCAACACUAGACCUGCCUUACAAGAAAUUCUAAAGGGAGUUUUUCAGUCUGAAAGAAGGUGACACUAAAGUGUAACACAAGAAAAAAUUUGAAGGUUCAAAACUCACUAGUAAAUACCUGCCAGCCUGUCUGGACUUGACCCCAAGGACAUUGUGGUAGUACUGAAUGAGGAGGGAGGCUAUCAUCAGAUUGGACCAGCAGAGUGUUGUACUGAGUCCUUCAUUAUGUCAGUGACCAUAGCAUUCGCCACCCAGUUGGAGCAGUUAAUUCCGUGUACCAUGAAACUUCCAGAAAGACAGCCUGAGUUUUUCUUUUACUAUUCUUUACUGGGAAAUGAUGUUACAAAUGAACCCUUCAGUGAUUUGAUGAACCCAAACUUUGAGCCAGAGAGAGCGUCUGUUCGUAUACGGAGCAAUAUAGAAAUUCUUCAUUUUUACCUUGCUCUUCAUUCUAAACUGCAGAUCCAUCUGUGCUGUGGUGAUCAGUCACUUGGAAGUACAGAAAUACCUUUAACUGGAUUACUGAAAAAGGGCAGUACAGAAAUCAACCAGCGCCCAGUCACAGUUGAGGGUGCUUUUACCCUUGACCCUCCAAACCGAGCCAAACAAAAGCUUGCACCUAUUCCUGUGGAGCUAGCCCCAACUGUGGGAGUGUCUGUUGUUCUGCAGAGAGAAGGCAUAGACUCCCAGUCUUUAAUUGAAUUAAAGACCCAGAAUGAACAUGAACCAGAGCAUUCAAAGAAGAGGGUUUUAACCCCCAUAAAGGAGAAGACACUUACUGGGCCCGAAUCACCAAGCGUGUCCCCUGUUCCACCUCACAACCAGUCACCUCCUACAAAAGAUGAUGCAACAGGAAGUGAAGUAGAAAGCUUACAGUAUGAUAAGGACGCAAAACCAAAUCCAAAGGCCAAUGCUUCUGUACCUGCUUCACUGGCCCAGCCAGUGACUACAUCCAAUGCUUCAGAAACAGCUUCAGGAAAGAAGAUUGCUGUUCCAGCAACAUCACAUCAUUUUUGCUUUUCAAUAGACUUAAGGAGUAUACAUGCCUUGGACAUUGGUUUUUCAAUUAACUGUAUAUUAAGGUACUCAUAUCCAUUUUUUGGAAGUGCAGCUCCUAUUAUGACAAAUCCUCCUGUAGAGAUUAGGAAAAACAUGGAAGUUUUUCUUCCUCAAUCUUACUGUGCAUUUGAUUUUGCAACUAUGCCUCAUCAGCUGCAGGAUACCUUCUUAAGGAUUCCAUUGCUGGUUGAAUUAUGGCACAAAGAUAAAAUGAGUAAAGAUUUACUUCUGGGAAUUGCGAGAAUCCAGCUUUCUAAUAUCUUGUCUUCAGAAAAAACUCGCUUUUUAGGUUCUAAUGGUGAACAGUGUUGGCGCCAAACUUACAGUGAAAAUGUGCCUGUUAUAGCAGCACAAGGGUCAAAUAACAGGAUUGCAGAUCUUUCUUACACAGUGACUCUAGAAGAUUAUGGACUAGUAAAAAUGCGUGAGAUUUUUGUCUCUGAUUCAUUUCAGGGUUUAUCUGCUAUACAACAGAAGCCAUCUUCUCUUCCUCCAGCACCUUGUCCUUCAGAAAUCCAGACAGAGCCUCGUGAGACCUUAGAAUACAAGGCAGCACUUGAGCUAGAAAUGUGGAAGGAGAUGCAAGAAGACAUUUUUGAAAAUCAGCUAAAGCAGAAAGAACUGGCUCAUAUGCAAGCUCUUGCUGAGGAAUGGAAGAAAAGGGACCGUGAGAGAGAAUCAAUAGUAAAGAAAAAGGUGGCUGAAUAUACUAUCCUAGAAGGAAAACUUCAAAAAACCCUAACUGACUUAGAGAAGCGAGAGCAGCAGCUUGCCAAUGCAGAAUCAGAGCUUCAACGAGAAAAAAAGGAACUGCAAUCAGAACGUGAACGGAACCUGCAAGAACUUCAGGACUCUAUCCGUAGGGCCAAGGAAGACUGUGUUCACCAUAUAGAACUGGAAAGGUUAAAGAUCAAGCAGCUAGAAGAGGAUAAACACCGACUGCAGAAGCAGCUUAAUGAUGGUGAAAAUAAGUAUAAGAUUUUGGAAAAAGAGUUCCAGCAGUUCAAGGAUCAGCAAAGCAACAAACCAGAAAUUCGUCUACAGUCUGAAAUAAAUCUUCUCACCUUGGAAAAGGUUGAACUCGAAAGAAAGUUGGAAUCUGCAACUAAGUCUAAACUACAUUACAAGCAGCAGUGGGGAAGAGCUUUGAAAGAACUUGCCAGACUUAAACAGAGGGAGCAGGAAAGUCAAAUGGCUCGUCUUAAAAAACAGCAAGAAGAAUUGGAACAGAUGAGACUGCGUUACCUGGCUGCUGAAGAAAAAGAUACAGUAAAAACUGAGCGACAAGAAUUGUUGGAUAUAAGAAAUGAAUUGAACAGGUUAAGACAACAAGAACAAAUACAGUACCAGGAUUCCAGAGAGAUUGCAAGUGGAAAAACGGAUGGCCCACAUGGCAAUGCAUUGGAAGAAGGUUUGGACGAUUAUCUGACUCGCCUAAUAGAAGAAAGGGAUACUUUGAUGAGAACGGGUGUGUAUAAUCACGAAGAUCGAAUAAUAAGUGAACUUGACCGACAGAUCAGAGAGGUUUUGGCAAAAAACAGUGCCAGUAAUUAAUAAUAUUUGGAAAAUCUUUAUAAAGACUCCAGGUCUAAAUUUUAAUUUCAUUGUAAAACUCUCAAAAGUGGGGGAAAUGGAUGUUUUAGAAUGCUAUUUUCAAUUUUUUAUAAGCAAAAUUUUGUAUGUUAUUGUAUAGUAUUUAUUUACUUUAUGCUACCUCUCCCACGCUGGUUUUGUUUGUAAUUACAUCUUAUAUGCUCAUUUUAAAUGACUUUUCAGUGUUUCUCAUAGUUUAUAAUCUGAUGGCUAACUUUCAAAACAGCUUUUCACUAAGUUUGUUUUUAGAGAAAUAACUACAGUCAUUUCCAGUUACAUGGUUUUUCACGUUGAGCCAAUAGAGUACCUGUUGCACUUUAAAAAUGCUGUGUCCUGUUCCAUUUGAAUGUAGAUAUCUUAAAAGCUGAGACCAACUGCAAAUGUAACCAGUUUUGUUUAACUCAUUUUAGAUGAUCUGACAAGUUUGAAAACAGUGGGUCAGUGCAGAGAAGCCAUAUAACAAGACAAAUUAGUCAUUUAUUUAAAUAAAGUUAAUACAGAUUAAACUUGUUUCAAGGGCUAUUGAAUUUUCAAAUUUUCAGCGUACUCUUAAGAAUGUGAAGUAAUAGCUUUGUCAGUCUCCUGCUGAAUAUUGCAUUGUUUUCUUUUGUUAAAAUUAGAGGUUUCUUUUUAUUUUCCAGUGAUAGUAAUAUUAGCUGUUAAACCCUCUGUAAUAAAACAUGGAAACAGACACAAAAAGCCUUUAGCUGAAGAAAGAGUGAAAACAACUAUUUUUCACUCCCCCUGAUUUCAGUCAAUCUUUUUCAAAAGUACAUGAGGUUAGUUAUUGGAUUUAUGUACUGCCUUGUCCAUAUAAACUUUUAAGAGUUUUUUUAACAUCGUAUUCUUCAGAGCCAGCAUUUGUCCUCAAAGCAACACUUUCCACCUCCUUUACAAAGUAUUGAAAAACUUUAUUAGUAAAUUCACAGAAUAGGUUGUCUUAAAAUAUAUGUAGUUUAAAAAUUCUAAUUCUCAAAUAUAACAAAUUUAAGUAUAUAUUUUUGGGAGUAUAUACCGUUUACUGAUAACUCCUAUAAAAUCGGAAUAGGAUAUUUGGUAACAUUAAAUUAAUUUUCUGUCAUUUUCAACAAGGUAUGUUUCUAGUUUGGGAAAUUAAAGUCCCUAGAUACAUUAUAUGUGUUUUUUCCAGUGUUAAUCUUCUAAAAACAACCCAGCAGUAAAAAACAGAGAAAUUAUUGAAUGGGAGAAUAAUGAAUCUGUGAAUCAGAGAAGAAAUUUGAAAUAUUAAUUAUGGUUAGAUAUUUUCUCUCAUUGAUUUUUGUGCCACAUGAAUGGAAUAGAAGUAUUCUUUUUGUUUUGGAAGGUCUGGGGUAAAAUAGUGUGAUUGUUCACCAUCAGUUGCAUUGUGUGCUGCCUGUGACUGUUUUCAAACACUAGAGGGGGCCUUAGAUUUAAAGAAACGAAAAGGAGUUUUCUAAAAUGGAUGUGUGGUUUAUUUUGCCGUCCAUAAAGCGAUCUUUUGCCUAUUGUAAUUUAACAAAUAAAAUCAUAAUU